UAAAUGAAUGAAUGAAUGAGUGAAUGACCCUUCAACCAACGAUGCUGUUGUGGUUUGGUGAUAGCAGCGAUACCCAUUGAUUCUUCGAACACCCUUUCCUAAAAAGCACCGAUUUUUGUUAUCAAAACCAAGAAUCUCGAACUGGGUUUCAGAGUUUUUUUGAAAAAAAUGGGGGCUUGUGGGUCUAAACCUAAAGUCUCUGAUGAUGAACUUAGAACCAAGAAGAUGAGUUGUAAUAAUCACAAUAAUAAUCAUAAUCAUCGUAGAAAAAGAAGAAGAAUUUUGAGAAGAAGGGUUUCUUCUCAUAAGAUCGAAGCCAAUAUUGCUAACUCUAAUCCUGCUUUGCAAGCUUCAAAUCGUGCUUCAGAUGCUGCUUGGUUUGAUUCUACUUCAGCCUUGGAUUCUGAAUGUGAUGAUGAAUUUUAUAGUGUGUAUGAUGGAGAAAUUUCUGCAGUUCACGCCGAUGAGAUUGGAGAGGAAAGAAGACUAACUCCUGAUCAUUGCGGUAUUCUGCCAAACAAUUGUCUGCCUUGCCUUUCUUCUAAUCCCCCUUCUAUCGAGAAGAGAAGGCAAUUGAGUCCUCCUGACACACCGAGUUCUCGGAGAAAGUCGCUUUCUAUACUGUCCUUCAAGUGGAGGGAAGGGCCUUCUGACACGGCAUUACUUUCGCCUAGGGCAUUCAAACAAAAACUAGUAGCAGGUUCGUCGAUUCCAUUUUGUCCAAUAGAGAAACAAACCCCUGGUACUUGGUCACCACUUGACCCAAGUUCCUUCAGAGUCAGAGGAAAAAAUUACUUGAGGGAUAAGAAGAAAGAAUUGGCUUCAAACAGUGCUGCUUUCUAUCCUCUCUGUGCUGACCUCUUUUUGUCUCCGCGAAAAAUUGAUCAUAUUGCUCGCUAUGUACAAAUUCCUGCAAUAAAUGUACAUGGGGAGAUCCCGUCUAUUCUUAUUGUAAAUAUUCAGAUACCAUUAUAUCCUGCCUCAAUCUUCCAAAGUGAAAAUGAUGGUGAAGGAAUGAAUGUGGUUUUGUACUUUAAAUUAUCUGAAAAAUAUUCUAAAGAUCUUCCAGAACAAUUUCGAGAAAAUAUCACUAAAUUGAUCAAUGAUGAAGUGGAGAGAGUUAGAGGUUUCCCUAUGGAUUCGAUUGCACCCUUUAGAGAUAGAUUAAAAAUUUUAGGUAGAGUGGUGAAUGUGGAGAAUCUUAAUUUAAGCGCGACUGAAAAGAAGUUGAUGAAUGCUUACAAUGAAAAGCCUGUUCUCUCGCGCCCUCAACAUGAGUUUUACUUGGGAGAAAACUAUCUUGAGAUAGAUUUGGAUGUGCACAGAUUUAGCUAUAUUGCCAGAAAAGGGUUUGAAGGCUUCAUAGAAAGACUGAAGCUAACUAACCUUGAUUUUGGUCUUACAAUUCAGGGGAACAAGCCAGAAGAUUUGCCAGAGAAUUUAUUAUGUGCAAUUCGGUUAAAUAAAAUUGACCACACCAGUUUCAACCAGAUUGGCCUUUUAAGUUAAAGCUUAAAUAUGAAUAGCUUUAAGCUUAAUGUAAUGUAACUUUAUAAUGAUUAUAUAAGGGUGUUAAUCAUAGGAUGUUUUGAGAUGAGAGAUUGUGUUGAAUUUCAUUAUUCAUUCAUGUACAAGUUGUAAAAUGUAUAGUGAUGAGAGUAAUAAAUAAUUAUAUUGUCAAAAGAUUAAAUUACUCAACAAUCUGAUUUUAAA